AUUGUCGUCUUGCCGUAGUGUUGCGAUUGAAUGAAUGCAUAGUCAAGUAUAGACCGUAUGACUUACUAGAGGGGUAGCUAUUGGGAGCAUCAAUUGUUUACAUUCUAUGGUUUCCUAAUUAUAUUUUAUAUCCGAAGUAUAGAUAUGUUUAUUAGUAGAUUCUAUAUAUUAGAGUAAAUAUUAAAUACGUACAUUAUUAUUCAGUUAAUCAAAUUAUGAUUAUAAAUAUUUGGUUCGAAUUUGUAUAUGUAAUUUAUUAGUUACUCCAAUAAAUCGUGGUCUUUCGUCUGGGAUCAAGCAUGGCAGCCAAAUUUGUGCGUUGCGGAAAGGGGUGAAGUCAAAAAGUUUUCACAUAUGUGUAUUGUGUGUAUGUUCAACUUGAUAUUCAUCAUAUAAUCAACUUAGAAUUGUCUGUCAACUAAAUGAUGAUAUAAAGAGAAUUCAUUGAACCCUAAAACUUGUAUGUUGAAUUUGUUGAUUAUUCCGGUACACAUUUAGUAAAAAGCUUGCGACUUAAUCCCAGAAGAUUGCGCAGAGCAUCACACCUCUGUUCAUUUGUGUUUGGCUGCCUGCGUAACGAGGUGUGCUGUUACAGUGAAAACUUUAUUCACAUAUUUGCGAGUGAUGGUAUUUUUUGUGCGAACAUUUUAUUGUAAAACAUUUGCGUGCGUAGGCCAAUGUAUAAGCCUAUUUAUUUUGCGAACUCUUUGAAUCUAGCCCUGUGUGUAAACUUGUAGCUGUUUCUCCUAAUUUGCGUAUAUUGCGGUACAGAAAAGAUUUUUGCGAUGGAGUCAAGUCAUUCAACUAGAAGAUCACACAGCCAAUCUUCGUAUAGGACAAGAAGUUGUGCGUCAAGUUCAUCACGUUAUUCAAAGAAGAUUGAUCUUGCUGCAGAGGCUGCUGCAUUAAAGUCGAAGUUGAAAUUUAUUGAUGUCCUUUCACAGAAACAAUUAGAAUUAAAUCGUUUAGAAACAAUUAGAGAUAUUGAAAUUGCGGAAGCCAAGUUAGAUGCUAUUGCGAAAAUAGAACAAGAGGAUGAUAGAACAAGCCGUGCCAUUGAUUCUGCAUUGUCUGCAGAUAAAACUGAAUACGUUCAAGAUUAUGUGAACACUUUGCACAAUUCUGAGUCUGAACCGGUCAAAUUGAAUAACUCAUCAAAUCUACCUGUAACUCCAAAUGCUACUACUGCGACAAAUUGCGAUAACAGACCUACUAAUUUUGCGUCAACACCUGUCUGCGAAGCUCAACGUGACUUUGUGCGUGCGACCUCCAGCGAUAUUGAACUUACAAACCGUGCGUCUGCGUUAGAUAGAGAUACUGACAAGAAUAAUUGUUCACCUGUAACUUGUGUUGAAGAUAAUAACUUUGCGUUUGCGAGAGUUUAUGAUACAGGAGUUAAUAAUUCUGCGUUUGCGUCAUCCUGUAGCGUUGAACUUAGUCAUUCUGUGUCUCAUCCUCUUUAUACCCCUUCAACAUCUCAAAUUAACCCUUAUGCGUUGCGUUCUCAAGAAACCUGUUCAACAGUUUAUUCAAGUCAACAACCGAAUCCUGUAAUGUCAACAAAGCCAGCUUAUUACAUUCCUACAAGGUCAAUUAAUGAAGAUGAUCCGUUAGUCAGAGUAGCACAAGUUUUUGCGGAACAUGCGAGUUUCAGUCGUUUACCCCCUCCUGAGCCUGGUACAUUCUCUGGAGACCCGUUAAAAUACCCAAGUUGGAAAAGCGCGUUUCAAACUUUGAUAGACCAAAAGGACAUUCCUGUUUCAGAACGAAUGUAUUAUCUUAAGCGUUAUUUAAGUGGAUCUGCGAGAGAGUGA